AUGAACCCUGGGGAACUAGCAGACGCCAUGGCAUCCCCCGCACCCCGUAGAAACUAUGGAUACCACAUAAGUAAGUGGUCAUAUAUGAUGACUUCCCUUGUUUUGCUUGCGGCGGUGCUCAUCUCAUGGCUGCAACAAGAGGAGCGGAGUUUGAUUGGGCGAACACUUUUUGUGAAGCCCAAGUUUGUUCUGGAUGGUGGCAGUUUUUAUGCCACAACUGAGGAUGGAAAACCUGUACGACUGCGUCUUCGGCUUUUGGAGGCCCCAGAACUUGAUCAGCCACACGGUCGACGCUCCCGCCUUCAUUUGAGUCAACUGCUGCUCAAUCGUCCCGCACCGGAUGUGCUUUGUCGUGUGACGGGAGUGGAUGAUGUCGGGGGUCUUAUCGCAGAUGUUUUCAUCCCCGGCAACGGCUCGGACCCGAGGAGUUUGAAAAAUGUGCAGGAAGAAAUGGUGCGUCAGGGGUGGGCGUGGGCAAUGGAAGGCGGCUUCGCUCCCAACCAAAAACUGCGCGCCAUUAUGAAUGAGGCGCGUGAGGCCAAACGAGGCCUCUGGGAAGAUGACAGAGCCGAGAUUUUAUACAUGGACCGUUUGAUAAGAAGACGGAAGUUAGGCCUGCCAUCGCAAGCGGCAAGGCAGCGUCAGCAACACGGCGGUCGGAGUAGCCCUCGUUUUCGUUGA